CAGCACGGUGCCAGCAACAGAUGUGAAGUUAACAGGACCACAGUUCCCUGCUUUUUGUCUUCCACCCUUCUCCAACAAUGGGGUCACAUCUGAGGUUUUCCAACCCGCUGGGACCUUCCUGGAACACAGUCGGGCCGCUGUGUAUAAAAGGAGACAGCAGCAGUCGGUGUGUCAUUGAGCAGCGACCUUGGGUGAAGCAGAAUCAUGUCUGGCAGAGGGAAAGGAGGCAAAGGACUGGGCAAAGGCGGGGCCAAGCGGCACCGUAAAGUGCUCCGUGAUAACAUCCAGGGCAUCACCAAACCAGCCAUCCGGCGCCUGGCUCGGCGUGGCGGCGUCAAGCGCAUCUCGGGUCUAAUCUACGAGGAGACCCGCGGGGUGCUGAAGGUUUUCCUGGAGAAUGUGAUCAGGGACGCGGUGACCUACACAGAGCACGCUAAGCGCAAGACGGUGACUGCCAUGGAUGUGGUGUAUGCUCUGAAACGCCAGGGCCGCACUCUCUAUGGCUUCGGCGGCUGAAGAACUCGCCCCUUUCUCCCGAGCACAACACAAAGGUUCUUCUCAGAGCCGCCCACCGCCUCACAGAGGGAGCAGUGACCUGGGAGAUCUGAUGAAAUGUCAUUGGCCUGAAAUAUUAACGGUUUCUCCCCCACGAUGUUUGAUAUUUCAGGGGAGAUCUGGGUGCAAAAGAUUUUCGGCUAGUCAUGGACAAUCCUGCGGGGGUAAGUGAGGGUUUUGUAGAUAAAUGUUCAGAUGAAAAUAUUCGCACCACUUGGUCACCGGUUGUACUGUUGGCGCUGGGAUUUGUCCAGGAAGAAGUAACCGAGGCGAUGACCCCACCUGUUACACACCGGUAAAGUCCAGCGUCAAAGCGCACUGUGGAACACAGACUGGGCGGCAUCAGGUCAGGAAGAGCGGGUUGUGACAUUAAUGGCUGGCGAUUAAACUCCCCUUCUGUGAGUCGGUACUCUGGAAGUGGCGGCCUUUCUGAAGUUCCCCAUUUCCCC